AAUAGUAAAAUAAAAAAAGUAAUAAUUAAAAUAAAAAAGUAUCAAGUUGAAAUAUGACUGCGUUGAACAGCCUUAAAACUGCAAGAGACUCAUUGUUAAUUGCUUACUCCGAGGACAUAAUAGAUGAUUGUGAAUUUGCACUGCUCUAUCAACUAAGCUAUUCAAGAGAUAUAUAUCCUCACUGGGACUACAAUAAGUUUAACCUAUCGUUGCUGGAUGAUGCACAGUGUUGGACUGAUCUACGUUAUCGAAAAACUGACUUACCACAUUUGCUAAAUAUUUUCAGAUUACCUGAUGUAAUAAAAUGCACUCAAGGAACAAUCUGUAGAGGAAUGGAAGCCUUAUGCAUUAUGCUUAAAAGAUUAGCAUUUCCAUGUCGCUAUACUGAUUUGGCAAAUACAUUUGGUAGAAACCCUACAGAAAUUUGUCUGAUAUUUAACACUGUAAUUGAUCAUGUUUACAAUAAGCUUAGUCAUAAACUAUUACUUUGGGAUCAACCUAUGUUACAAUCAAACAAUCUACGACAGUUUGCUGAUUAUAUCCAUGGAAAAGGGGCACCCCUAGAUAAUUGUUUUGGUUUUAUCGAUGGAACUGUUCGUAGAAUUGCUAGGCCUAAAACAAAUCAAAGAAUUGUCUAUAAUGGUCAUAAGAGAGUUCACGCACUAAAAUUUCAAAGUAUAGUAGUUCCAAAUGGUAUGAUAGCAAACUUAGCUGGUCCGUUUGAGGGUAAAAAACAUGAUAGCACUAUGUUAUGCGAAUCUGGUUUAUUGCAACAGUUGCAGCAGUUUGCAUGGCAUGAUGGGCGUCCUUUAUGUUUAUAUGGUGAUCCAGCCUAUCCAAUUGGAGUACACCUCUUAGCACCAUACAGAAGUUUGAAUAUUACCCCAGACCAACAUGCAUUUAACAAAGCUAUGAGUGCACAUCGUGUUAGUGUUGAGUGGGUAUUUGGUUUAAUGACAAAUUAUUUUAAAUUUAUAGAUUUUAAACAGUCUCAAAAACUUGGCUCAAGUCCCAUUGGAAAAGUGUAUAUUGUAUGUUCAUUAAUACAAAAUGCACACACUUGUCUUUAUGGGAACAUUGUUUCAGAUUAUUUUGGUUUGGAAGCUCCCUCACUACAAGAGUAUUUUCAAUAAUUCAAUAUCGAUAAGAAAUUAUAAUGAUAAACUUAUUAAAAAGUAUGCCUGUUGUAAAUCUUAUAGAUUAUUGAAAAUAUUGCUAAACUUUCACGAUUCUUUAAAAUAUAAAAAGAUAG